AUGCCAUCCGACCCCACCUCAUCAAGACCAACGAGCCCAGAAGACAACAUUCCAACUGAAGACGACUAUAGACCAACGAAGCGACGAAGAUACUCAGAAUAUGAGCCGACUUGUCGACAGAUAACUUUGGAAGAGAUCGACCUUGAAAUCGCUCUUAGGAACCGCCUCGCAGAAACCAUACAGUUACGUAUCGAAUGGGCUCAUCUGCUGCAGGAAUCUCUUCGACAGAGUGGUAACUACGCUUCGAGCGACUUCCGUACUGUCUCUCUGGAAGCCCUGGAUGCAGUUGAAGCUCCUUGCAACAUCGUCUUCCGCCGAGAAAGCAGGCUCUUCUCCACUGUUCAGCCCUCUGCUCAGCCCGCACCACCGGUCCUUCCUCCCCCUCCCUCUGUACCUGUCGAGUCCUCAAAGGUAUCUUCGCGGUCAACUCGUACUCGUGGCCUUGCCCGUGUACCUCACGCACCCCCGAAACGUCUCAUAUUCAUCCGCGAUACCUCUGUCAACCCUCCCGAAGUCGCCAAGCUCGCCUGCCCACACUGCGCUCGCUCCGACUUCUCCAACCUCCAAGGACUGCUCAACCACAGCCGUAUCCGACACCAGGUCGAGUACGGCUCGCACGACGAAUGCGUGCAGAACUGCGCCGUGCUCGUGUCGGAGGGCGACAGGGAGUGGGUUGUCGCGAACGGGAUCGAGAUUGGGGGCGUCAGCCUGCCCAGUCUGAAGCGGCUCUUCGAGAUCGCGGUCGGGGCGGGAGGGCAAAGCGGAAAGCCGGCGCCGACGACCGCUCCUCCUCCUCUUCCUAAGCUUCGUGCUGUCAGCGAGGACGCGCCGUCGCAAAAGGAAGCCGAGCAGGCUUCGUCGCCGGCUGAGCCUGCUCCGACGAGCACACAUGUUACACGUACGUUGGGCUACCAUGCGGACUCGCCCGCUUUGGCUCCUUUCUUGGGUAAAGUGGCCAAGAGACGGUGCAUCAACGUUCGUGUCGACCACGGCCACGAUCAAGUCGACAUCGAGCUCCAGCAUCCUGGACACAAGACGAGUUGGCGCAAGCUCUACGUUCAUCGCAACGCGGCUCGAAAAGAGCUGGAUGAGGUUGUUGCACCUCCAAGCUCCGAAGCCAACGCUGCCCGUUAUGAUGCGGUCAAGUCAUCUCCGGCCGAUGCCAUUUCAGUGCUCUCUAGGACACGGUUCCACAUGGUUGCAAGGGUGCAUGUUGCAGAUUAUAGUCGGUUUGUCCAUCCAGAGCAUCGUGUGGGCGAAAAUGCCACUCACACGCACCACUGGAGGCUUGUGAUACGCUCGCCAUCCUAUAGUCUUCCUCUUUCAUCAGUCUUGCAGGAAGUGCAGAUAUCUUCUGUAACUGAUCCGCCACCGGCUUCCCUGACCACCCCCAUCAUAGUCAAGGAUCCACCUUACAUCGUCACUAGUACUACCGACACGCCAUUUUUGGCACGGCUCGUGUUCACAUGGGCGGGAGGUAUGAAUCCCGCAACCGAGAUUGAGCAUUGGGUAGAGCUCGAUCCUAUGCGCUCCCCAACCGCUGUUCUCGGUGAUGAGCAAGUGUUUGAUGUCGAGCUGGAUCACCACACGGAGUUGCUUGUUGCACAGGAAUAUACCGAAGAGGUUCCAUGGGACGGCAUCUUACAGCCUGUUGUUGCAGCGGCGAAGCCGGAGAAGAAAGUGGAAGCUGUACAUAUUCUGCGACUGAAGUCUCUGUUACCCAAGUUCCCCUUGACAAUAGGGGAUUUGAAAGGCCGGACCGCUCCUGCAGUACCUUACACCCUCGUGGAUUCAUCCGUUCAUUUUAAGAACCUCAAUUACGGGCGGCGGAAGGCUAUUGAGAUGGGUCGCGCAAGAGCGAUGCGAGACGCAUAUGCUCAACUUGUGACAGGGUCUCAGGCGGGAGAUCCUAACUCACCGGCGUUGUCAACCGUUGAGGUCCUGCACUGGCUCGAAGAUGAGGGACACCUACCUCGUCCGCCGUCAUCUAGGUAUCUCUCCCGCAAAGAAGCGACACCCUUGGCUCUGGUAGAGCGGCAGUUCUGUCGCGUGUGCGGACGGCAACGGGCCCAUCACUUCUCGACUCUCGAAGAAGACUCCGAGCACGCGGUCCCCGGCCCAGAGCAAAUCGGUCACUCCCUCGGUCCCGCUCCAAUGCGCGUCUGCACGACCUUCCGCGAGGCCAUCACAGCGCAAGACGUCCCGUUGUUCGAUGUCUCCGAAUUCCUCGACGCUGGCAGCCAGGCACAUGCGCACGCGAACCCGGCCAUUCCUUUCACUGCACACCCCACCCCAUCGUCCGCCUCAAACCACCCGAGCUCCUCGAGGCCGCCCUCGGCGCCCGUGGCCGUCUCACACGCCGACGUUGUCGCGGCCGCCGACCCUCGCCUCGUCCUGGCCAUCGCGCGUCUCACGGGUCUACCGUUUCCCCAGCGCAUCAGCACCGUCGAACCCGUCGCGACAGCCGUCGACCACAACGGCCCGAAUGCGCCGCAUCACCCGUCCGGGUCGACGUUACACCAGGCCCUUCCUGAUCCUUCCGUUCUGACGCGGGCGCAGGCAGAGGAACGUCUGGCGGCGGCGGCCACGCUGGCGCUCGCGGUGCGGGCGUUCGCACGGGCGCUGGUCGCGAGGGGCCUCGAGUCGGCGCGGGCGGACGCAGAGGGGGGCGAACGGCACCGGCGACGCGGGGGGCGCAACGGCACCGCGGAGACCGGGGCUCACGCGCGCGUUCUAACGCCGACGCACGUCUUGGACGGCGUGGCGCGGGGUGCGGGGCUGGCCGCCGCAGGCGAUGGGGCGCUGUGGGCGUGCGUGGCGCAGCUGGGCGGUGGCGGGAGGGACAAGGUCGUCGUGCCGACGGACGCGGUGUCCGAAUGA